AUGACCAAUAAUCUGCCAACAUAUACUAAAAUAGUGCAACACGACGAAAUUUUCCAAGCCAUCAGAGAUAACGAUUUGCAAAAAGUCCAAGGUUUACUCAACUCCUGCAGUGUUCAAUUAAUUAAUAUUGUCGAUGAUACCAAUAAAAACAAUACGCUCCUGCAUUGUGCAGUGGAAGAAAACAGGCAUGAUAUAGUCCAGGAACUAUUAUUGAAAAAGUGGGGAUUAAAUAUAAAUGCGCAGAACGAGGAUGGUGACACUGCCCUACACGUUGGUGCCAAAAAAAACUAUGAUCGACUGAUACACUUGCUCCUCAAAGCAGGAGCAACCAGUGAUGUUGUCAACAACGAAGGUGAAACAUUUUUGGAUAUCGUAAGGAUAUUGGCAAUUCGAACAAGAAUCUGCAAAAACAACUACCAGGUAGAUAUAUCUAACCAACCGGGAUCAUCUCGAAUAGUUACAGGGCAAAGUGAGGAGCACAAAAUAACAAAAGUUGACAAAAAAGAUACAAAUCUUGCAGUCGAUAAUAAAAAACAAUUAGCGUCUCCACAUUUAUUGGACAAGAAUGCUAAAAUAAACAAUAUAGCUAACAAGAAUUGGUCGUCUUUGCACGUUGCGGCACACAACGGAGAACUAGCAAGGGUUCGAUACUUGCUAUGA